AUGCGUGAAAAAGACAGGCUAACACGUGAAUGUAUAAUUCCAUUCUGUGAAUUAGGCAAUUUAAAAGAAAUGCAAAGUACAGAAGAUGUUAAAAGUUUGGAAUUAAAUAAAAGCAUGAAAAGUUUGCAAAGCAGUCAAUCUGGAGGGAGUACAAAAUUAUCAAGUAUGGACAAUAAAAAAUUGGAAACAGAAAAUUAUUCGCAUUUUUUGUAUAAUAGAGAAGUUGUAUUUGGAAUUAAAUAUCAAGUUAGAGUUAGAAUAUUUAAUGAAGAUUUAACACAAUUAAGAAAGAUAAAACAAUUAGAUCAUGAUAAUUUAAAUAAAUUUUGUGGGGUUUGUACAGAUGCACCUAUUUUGUAUGGAAUUUGGAAAUAUUGUCAGAGAGGGAGUUUAAAGGAUUUAAUUGCCAAAGAGCAAUAUGUCGGUGAUUCUUUUGUGAUGUUUACUUUAAUGAGGGAUAUAGCUAGUGGAUUAAUAGCUUUACACGGGUCAUUUGUUGGAGCACAUGGAAUGCUUUCCUCGGAGAAUUGUUUAAUUAAUGAUCGUUGGCAAGUAAAGAUUAGCGAUUUUGGAUUGAAUAUGAUUAGAGAAAGUCAACCAAUGUCAAAAAGAAAAUUAUUGUGGACAGCACCAGAAUUAUUAAGAGAAAAUAAUCGAAAAGGAACAAAAGAAGGGGAUGUUUAUAGUUUUGCUAUAAUUUGUUGUGAAUUAGUUAAUAGAGAAACUGUUUGGAAUGGAGUUGAAAGAGAAGAUGAUGUUGAUGAAAUUUUUUAUCGGCUGAAGCGAACAAAUGUUGCUGUUCCACAUAGACCACAAUUACAUCCUCGAGAAGAAGUCAAUAAUAAUUUGUUACUUUUAAUUCGUGAUUGUUGGGGUGAAGUUCCAACAGAACGUCCAAGGAUUGAUCAAGUUCGUUCAAUGUUAAAGCAAAUGGUUAGAGAUGGAAAUCAAAAUUUAAUGGAUUAUGUUUUUGGAAUGUUAGAGCAAUAUGCAAGUUCUUUAGAACAAGAAGUUGAAGAAAGAACUAGAGAAUUAGUUGAAGAAAAAAGAAAAAGUGAUAUUCUUUUAUAUAGAAUGCUUCCAAAACAAGUGGCUGAAAAAUUAAAAUUGGGGGAAUUUGUUGAACCAGAACAAUUUAGUGCAGCAACGAUCUUCUUUUCUGAUGUGGUUUCAUUUACAACAUUAGCUAGUAAAUGUUCUCCUUUACAGGUGAAUAAGUCAAUGGAUUCUUUUAACUAUUAUAAAGUUAGUUAA